AUGGGCCAGGGACCGUCACAGCCCAAGAUCACGGCCCAGGAUAGGGCCAUUUUUCAGCUCAAGCGACAGAGAGACAACCUCAAACAGUACCAGCGGAAAUUGGCGGUGAUUAUUGAAAAACAGCAGGGGUUGGCCAAACAGGCCCUAGUGGAGGGAAAGAAAGAUAAGGCCAAGUUUUACCUACGCCUGCGGAAACAGCAGGAGCUGACCAUCAACAAGACGUACGAGCAGCUAGGGAACUUGGAGAAUCUUAUUGGCACGAUCGAGUUCAAGUUGAUCGAGAAGGAUGUGGUGUAUGGCUUGUCUCAGGGUAACGAGGUGCUCAAGAAGCUCAACAGUGAAAUGAGCGUGGAGAAGAUCGAUAAGGUGAUUGACGACUUGGAGGACGAGAGGCUUAAGGUGGACGAGGUUUCCGAUAUGCUUGGAAUGGGCUCGUUGAGCCAUUCUGAGGAGAACGAGGUGGACGAGGAAAUGGCUGCUUUGGAGCGGGAGCUAGCGCCCAAGGAAGCCGAGAAGCCCCAGGAGGAGCCCAAGGAGGAUAUUCUGCUUCCCGAUGCGCCUACGAAGGUUCCGGAGAGAGAGGAGCCGGAGGAGGUUCCCCAGGAAGAACAAGAGGAGGAGGAGCAAAGAACCGCUGUUCCAGCGUGA